UCCCUCCCGCACCAACAGAACCCUCCCUCCCGCAGCUACAGCUACAUGAAUCAUCUGACAUAUUGCGCAACCGCCACAGAGCCGGCACAAGAUGCUUCAGAUGCACACGCCCCGGAGCCCAGCCGUGGAGCCGUCACGAGACGGAAAGCCCAAUCUGUGGAAAGCUCCCCUAACCUCACAGGGCCUAUUCACUUGGGCCUAACGAGGGUUCCAGAAGCUUGAGGCUUCAAAUACUGACACUGAUCAAACAUGUCAGGAGCACUUAAACAAAGAACAGACAGUAUGCUCUACGUAUAAAUAUGCACACCAUUCAAAUUCAUAGUCUGUAUACUGUCGGGUACACAUACAUAAGUUGUUGCACACUCCAGCUUUUUCACACAUAGCCACACUUAAUCAUACACUGCAGACAGUGAAACAUAGCGCCACUCAUUCCUGAUUACUUUGGCGGAUGACUCAAAGCAAACUAAUUAAGAACUGCUGCAGCUGUCCUCGUUUAAACAAGCGUCCCCACAAUACCUCAUUCUGUGCCUGGCCUCAGGGUUAUACAAAACCAUUUGUACUUCAAAAACACUUUCAUUUUUUUCAGUGUCAUUUGCCUGCAACCAAUCACAACUUUCAGUGUAUGUGCAGGUCUAGUUUCAUACUUGUGUCCGCAGUGGCAACAGCAUUCACCACCAACAGUCUGCAGGCUUCAUACUCAAAGAACUUCCCUCAGAGUUAAGAAAGAGUUUAAAAGUCCACCAUUUUCACACACCUUCUGCUCCAACUGCACUACAUUAAGGUCCUUCAGAAGCUGUUCCUUUUGGUUGCGUUGCUGAUUUAUGUCUGACUCUAUUUUGGGGGGUUCUGUCUUUACACAGGUGUCUCUGCGCAGUUGACCAACACGCGUCUGCGGAGAAACACGUCAGUGGGGACUCCGUUCUGGAUGGCGCCUGAGGUCAUAGCGUGUGAGCAGCAGCUGGACUCCACAUACGAUGCCCGCUGUGAUGUCUGGUCUCUCGGCAUCACCGCCAUCGAGCUGGGCGACGGUGACCCGCCCCUUGCCGACCUCCAUCCAAUGAGAGCGCUUUUCAAAAUCCCCCGGAACCCGCCCCCAACCCUCCACCAGCCUGAGAUCUGGUCCGCUGAGUUUAACAACUUCAUCGGCAAGUGUCUGAUCAAAGACUUUGAGCUGCGCCCCAACGUGACCGACCUCCUGCAGCAUGCCUUCAUCAGGCAAGCCGUCGGACGGGAGAAGGUCAUCCAGAAACAGCUGAUGGAGCUCAUCGACCUAAACCAACAGAUGGGCAACAUCGAGAAGACCAGCCAACACGGAAAGCCAGACAAAGAUGCAGAGGGUAACGACAGGCAUGAGCGAAUCCACACCAAGAAAAACAGCUGCGCAAAGUGCAACAAUGAGGCGCACGGCUCCGUGGACGAUUUGGCCACUAUGGAGGUGCUGGAUGAGAAUUCUGUAACGGAGCAGCUGCAGGUACGGUAUGCUGCUGAGCAGAUCUAUACCUACGUGGGUGACAUCCUCAUCGCAGUCAAUCCCUUUCGUGACAUGGAUAUCUACACAUCAGAGCACACAAAGAUGUACAUAGGAGCCAAGCGCAGCAAACCCCCGCACAUAUUUGCUGUGGCAGACAUCGCUUACCAAUCCAUGGUUUCAUACAACUCCGACCAGUGCAUAGUGAUUAGUGGAGAGAGUGGUGCUGGGAAGACGGAGAGUGCCCACCUGCUGGUGCAGCAGCUGACGGUGCUGGGCAAGGCCAAUAACCGCACGCUGCAGGAAAAGAUCCUUUUGGUAAAUAAUCUUGUGGAGGCCUUCGGCAACGCCUGCACCGUUAUCAACGACAACUCCAGCCGCUUCGGGAAGUACCUGGAGAUGAAGUUUACCUGUGGUGGAACGGUGGUGGGGGCUCAGAUCUCCGAGUAUCUACUGGAGAAAUCUCGCGUCAUUCAUCAGGCUUUUGGUGAGAGGAAUUUCCACAUUUUCUACUACAUCUAUGCUGGGCUGGCGGAGAGGAAGAAGCUUGCCCACUACAAGCUUUCUGAAAGCAAGACUCCCAAAUACCUUCACAGCGAGCACAUUAAAUUGGUACCUGACAUCAUGACCAGCGUCUUCUACAAGGAGCAGUUUGAGGCUGUGGAACAGUGCUUCAAAGUAAUCGGAUUCACCCUGGAGGAGCUAGGCAGCGUGUACAGCACCCUGGCAGCCAUCUUGAACGCAGGUGACAUUGAGUUUGCCUCUGUGGCCUCGGAGCACCAGACUGACAAGAGCAACAUCUCUAACACGGCUGUGCUGGAGAACACCUCCUCGCUGCUACGCAUCAGCGCAGACGAGCUGCAGGAGGCCCUGACGUCUCACUGCGUGGUGACGCGCGGUGAGACCAUCGUGCGGUCCAACACCCCGGAGAAGGCGGCCGAGGUGCGCGACGCCAUGGGCAAGGCACUGUACGGGCGUCUCUUCAGCUGGAUCGUCAACCGCAUCAACUCCCUGCUGAGGCCUGACAGUCAGCUGGGUGAGGAAGACAAAGGGCUGAACAUUGGGAUCCUGGACAUCUUUGGCUUUGAGAACUUUAAGAAGAACUCCUUCGAGCAGCUCUGCAUCAACAUUGCCAACGAGCAGAUCCAGUUCUACUUCAAUCAGCACAUAUUCGCCUGGGAGCAGGAUGAGUACCUGAACGAGGAUGUGGACGCACGGGUCAUCGAGUAUGAGGACAACCGGCCGCUGCUGGACCUGUUCCUGCAGAAGCCCAUGGGCAUGCUUUCCCUAUUGGACGAGGAGAGCCGCUUCCCCCAGGCCACGGACCAGACACUCGUGGAAAAGUUUGAAGGCAAUCUGAAGUCCAAGAACUUCUGGAGACCAAAGCGAGUAGACCUGGGGUUCGGCAUCCACCACUAUGCCGGCAAGGUGGUUUACAAUGCAGGUGGUUUCCUGGCCAAAAACAGAGAUGCUCUUCCUGCUGACAUCGUCUUGCUGCUGAGGUCAUCCGAAAAUGACCUUAUCCGCAGGUUGGUCACCCAUCCACUCACCAAAACAGGUAACCUGGCACACACCAAGGGCAAGACAAUGGGCACACUGCGCAGCCAGCGUACCCCUCAACGCACCAUCAACCUCGCCAAGAUGGGGAUGCUUUCUUUUUUCAGUUUCUCCGCCAGUGAGUCUGACGCUCGUCCUGAGGGGGAAGGUGGUGAUACUACUCGUCACCCCAGAGAGACAACCAACAUGAGGACGCAAACAGUGGCCUCGUACUUCAGAUACUCCUUAAUGGACCUGCUGUCCAAGAUGGUGGCUGGCCAGCCACACUUUGUGCGCUGCAUUAAGCCCAACAACGACCGCCAGGCCAGCAAGUUUGAUCGGGAGAAAGUUCUGAUCCAGCUGCGCUACACCGGAAUCCUGGAGACGGCCAAGAUCCGCCGGCAGGGCUACUCCCACCGGAUCGCCUUCGCCAACUUCAUCCAGAGGUACUACAUCCUGGCCUUCCGGGCCAACGAAGAGCCACCUCUCACUCCAGAGACUUGUGCCGCCAUUUUGGAGAAAGCCAAGUUGGAGAACUGGGUCUUGGGUAAAACAAAGGUGUUCUUGAAAUACUACCAUGUGGAGCAGCUGAACCUGAUGAUGCGUCUGACCACUGAACGCAUUGUGCUGGUACAGGCCUAUGUGCGGGGCUGGCUGGGCGCCAAACGCUACAAGAUGAUCCUGGAAAAGAGGAAUCAGAGUGCCAUGGUCCUGCAGUCAGCCUACAGAGGACAAAAAGUACGGAAACAGGUUUCAGACGACAAAAGCAAAGCCAAGUUUGAGGCCUGCAUCAUUCGGUUUCAAGCAAUCUGCAGAGGGUAUCUUGCCAGAAAAAUGUGUAAGGCAUUACUGGAUGAGAAGAAUAAAGCUGCUGCCAAAAUCCAAGCUCACUACAGGGGCCACAGAGAGAGGAAGAGUUUCAAAAAGAGGAAAGAGGCCAUGGAGCAGGAAAGGGCCAGUGAGGACGAGGAGAUCACACCGACCCAAACUCCUGUCCCCAUGGAAGAGGACCUUAUCCUGGCAGAGGAAGCUGCGAUGGCUACAGAAUCGGGCCCGGCUUGUGGGUCUGGAGGGGCCGACGGUGGAACAACUGAAGAGGAGGAUGAAACUAAGGCUGCCGUCUGUCUCCAGAGCAACUUUAGGGGCCACAAAGAGAGGAAGAAGUACAAGGAGCGCAGGAAGACCUUGGCUGGGCAAGAGUUGGCCAUGAACCCUGAACCCUGCUCCACAGACGAUUAUGAACCAGAGCUUGUUGCCAUGCAAGAGGAAGAGGAACAGAUCGAGCAAGCUGAACCCGAAGGGGAGAACCAGGAAGGAGUUGAGGGAGAACCAGACCCGGAACAGGAAGCCAAGGCCGCCACGGUCCUCCAGAGUAACUUCAGAGGGCACAAGGAACGGCAGCGUCUGGAGAAAGAGGGGAAGAUUCCGAAGAAAGGGAAGGGUGUCCCCGAGGAGCAUGAAGAGCCUUUCCCUGAGCCUCCCCCAGUGGACGAAGCCACAGAGUUACAGGAGGCAUGUGAGGAGGUCAUUGUUGAGCAGGAGCAAGAUGCAGCCGAGGGCACAGGGGAGGAGGAUGAAGAGAGGGCCGCCACGGUUCUCCAGAGCAACUUCAGGGGCCACAAGGAGCGCAAGAAGCUGCAGGAAGAAGGUAAGAUACCCAAUAAAAAGGAGAAGACGACGUGUGAGCCGUCACCAGAGCCUUUAGCUGAGGAACCCCUGCCAGAUCCAACACAGCCUGCUUCUGAACCAAAAACUGAGUCAGAACUUGAGGUAGAACUAGAGACUGAAUGUGUGCGUGAAUCAGGGCAGGAGCCAGAUGUAGAACAGCCUUGUUCGAGCCAGCCAGACAUUGACGAAGAAAAGGCAGCCACUGUCCUCCAAAGCAAUUUCCGAGGACACAGAGAGAGGAAGAAGCUCAAGGAGAAGAGAGGAGAAACACAACAAGAAAAGGGAUGUGAAACGAACAUGGAGGAGGAGGAGGAGAAUACAGAAGAAUGUGAAGAGGUUGAGGGAGAGGUUCUGGAGAUCACUGAUAUCCAUGUAGAGCACCGCACAUGCGUGUCACAGCAGGAUGAGCUCCAUGAGGAAGAACAGGCUGCCGUAAAAAUCCAGAGCACCUUCAGGGGCCACAAGGACAGGAAGAAUCUAAAGGCUGCCACCGAGAGAGAGGCAGAGGAACUGGAGGACUUCUCCACACAGAUCUCCAAGGCCUCACAGGACUGCUAUACCGUGCAGCUGAAACUGAAUGAGAUCAUCCUCGCCCACCAGAUGGACCCCAGCAGUAAUGGCAUGUUCAUGAAGGGAAAAGCUGUGAAUGGCAUCGCUCAUCAACAGUCAGUCGACCCGAAGCAGACGCGCACUCCCCGGCGAACACAGAAACCAAAGACGCUCAACACGCCAGAAGAUUCUACAUACUACACCCUCAUCCAUAGAUCAGUCCAGGAUGAGAGGCGAAGGCCCAGGAAGCAAUGUGGAGGGAAGCUGCCAGACAUGGAUGACCAGUAUUACCAGGGCCUGUCUCCUUCCAAGUCCAUGGGCGCCUUGUCCAGCCAGUGCCAGCUGCCCGACGACACGCGCGCCUCCACGGACCGGAGCAGAUCGUCUGACAGGCCCCUCUCGGAGCCUGGGGCCCCCAUCGUGCCCAGAGACCAACGGCGAUCCCUUCCCAGAAUGCCCUCCACAGAGAGUGAGGCAGAAGACAACCCUUACGACUUCAGGAAGAUUCUGCGCAAGACCUCUCAAAGACGAAGACUAAUCAAGCAGUGCUGAGGUGGCACUGUGUGUGUGUGUGUGUGUGUGUGUGUGUGGGUGUGUGUGUGUUUGUGUGUGUGUGUGUGGGUGUUUGGGUA